UGUGUCGUUCUUUGGCAAACGAGCAUCUGCAAUUCAUUGUUACUACCGCACCUUGCUCCACGUUUGGCGGCAAAGCUGCUGAAACAAUGACCAUCUCCCCUACCCACAAACUCCAGCGCCCUGGCUCUGCGCGGCCGCGCCACGACCUAUCCCUCAGCGCACAUGCGUGAUAGGGGUGCGUUAAGAUCUUUGAUGCAGGCUGGGCUGAGUGGGAGAGGAGAAGAAAGGCCCGGUACGCGGGCGGCCGGAGGGCCAGGAGGAGCGGGGUAUUAAAUAUGCUGGAGGAUAUUUCAAACCAACCAGCAAGUCAGGACCUGAGGCAGUCUCUCGAUUCACCAGCUCCUGCGGCAGUCUCUUGAUUCACCAGCUCCUGAAUGCCAUGGGCGGUGGAAUGUUUGUUAUAUCACUGGGUAUGAGUAGAAGACCUCACCGUGAUAGGCAAGGUGGUCGGAAACACACUGCUAAGUGAUAGUGGGCCAGAGCGCUUGCGAUAUUGCCACAGCCAAAGAGAGGAGUCACGGGUCACGGAGAGAGAGACUCGCUGCAUGUUGUGUCUGUGCGCAUGUCAAAGCUUUCACAAAUGAACAGAUCUGGUGAGAGACCAUGUAUAUAUUCUUCAGUUGUCUGAGCGAGCGGGGUGAUACUCCGCUGAUAGAGAUAUACAGCACGCCUUAUUGAUGGUUGAAAAGGAAGUGCAUGCUGGUCCCAGCAGUAAGCUUGUGCAUUGGCUUUAUUUGCUGUGAGUGGGGAGAAGUUCGUUAACUUUUCUUCCAAAUCAAAGCACUAUUGCCUUCACACUAAUGAAACCGUUUCAGUGUUCUGAUUGUGGGAAAAACUUUAAGCGGUCCAAUGCCCUGAUCACACACCAAUAUAUUCACACCGGGGAGAGGCCAUUCAUUUGCUCUGUGUGCGGGAAGGGAUUCACUCACUCCUCCCACCUAGUGAAUCACAAGCGGGUCCACACUGGGGAGAGGCCCUUCAUCUGCUCCAUGUGCGGCAGGGGAUUCACUCAGUCGUCCAAUCUGCUGACGCACCAACGAGUCCACACCGGGGAGAGGCCCUUCACCUGCCCUGAGUGUGGGAAAGGCUUCACUUAUGCAUCCCAGCUGCUGAAUCACCAGCGAGUUCACACUGUGGAGAGGCCCUUCACCUGCUCUGUGUGCGAGAAGGGAUUCAACCAGUCGUCGUCCUUGCUGAGGCACCAGCGGGUUCACACUGGGGAGAGGCCAUUUACUUGCUCCAUGUGCGGCAAAGGAUUUGCUCACCCAGGCAACCUUCUGACACACCAGCGGGUUCAUACCGGGGAGAGGCCAUUCACCUGCUCCGUUUGUGAAAAGGGGUUCACCCAGUCCUCCCAUCUGCUGAGACACCAGAGGCUUCACACCGGGGAGAGGUUUUAACCCUUUGGUAUGUGUGAUAAUAUAAACACAGCGACUGCCCAAGAUGUCAGUAAUUUCUGAAAUCAUGCAGGAAUUAUAUUUUGCGAUUUGUUGUUGCUAAUAUUUCCCAAAUCAAUUUAGUUAAUGUGCACAAUUGGAUAUUAUUUCUGCUCAAUACAACUAGUUUGUAGUGUAAUAUUGUUGAUCCAUGUCAAAUAAAAAUUACCUGUUUGAAACA